AUGAGAGUCUUCCUGGCGGUGGCGGUCCUGUGCGCCGCGGGCGCGUACGCCGAGGACGUCAAGGAGGCCGUCGCCAUGCCGUCGUCGGGCACCUGCGAAAAGACGGCCGGCGGGUCUUGCAAGCUCAGCCUGCUGACCACCAACCUCGCCGUCAACCCCGGCAUCGUCCGGCCCGAGAUUCUCGCCGCCACCGACCUCACGUCCGAGCUCCAAGAGUGGAACAAGCUGGGCUACGGCAACAGCUUCCCCGUCCUGGACGACAGUGGCAAGGUCGUCAACGCCAGUGUCGACGCCCUCACCUUCACCAACUUCGCCACCUUCGCCAACAAGUUCCAGGAAAACGUCAAGUUCCACUUCUUCAACAAGUAUGACGAGAAAGACAUCCGCGGGCACCAGGUGCUCGACGCCAAGACACUGCUGUCGAUGGGCUGGGACAAGGAGCUGCCCGUCAAGGUCAUCAUUCACGGCUUCACCAACACCAUCGAGUCCCCCGCCAUCCAGGUGCUCAAGAACGCUUUCCUCAAGACGGGCAAGUACAACGUGAUCGGCGUGGACUGGGGCAAGCUAUGCGCGGGCAUCAACUACCUCGGGGCGCGGUUCAACGUGCACGGCGCCGGCGCGCAGGUCGGCGAGUUCCUGGACAAGCUCAUCGGGCUGGAGCUGACCGACGGGUCGCAGAUCCACAUUCUGGGCCACAGCCUCGGCGCCCACGUGGCUGGCAUCGCCGGCAAGACGGUGACCCGUGGCGUGAUUAAGCGCAUCACCGGCAUGGACCCCGCCGGUCCCCUCUUCCAGGUGACUGGACCGCACGGCGUCAUCUUCCACACGGACGCGGAGCUGGUCGACAUCUACCACACCAACAUGCACUGGCUCGGCAAGUCGGCUCAGCUCGGUCACAUCGACUUCUACCUCAACGGCGGCGUGCACCAGCCCGAGUGCGCCUGGAAGGAGAUCAUCAUCGCCGGCAACGCCUUCGGGCCGUGCUAG